AGCUCAGGUGACUCACACUGGGAGAGCAGAGGAGAGGACAGGAGGCCCUGGUUUCCUGCGGCAGUUGGGGCUCAGACCAGAGCCUUCCCUGGGGCUCUGCGCCCUGCUGGCUGGCUUCCGGGACCCCGGGGCCUUCGCUGAAAUCCCCAGGAGCUGUCUUUCCUGUGGAGGUGCAGAGACCUGGAGCAGCCACAUCGCCUGCCCUCCUGCUUUGUGACUAAACUUUGAAGUACGAAGCUGCUGGUUUUUCUGAAAGCAGAAGACUCUCGGUGGCAGUAGUUGAGGGGAGCGUUUUCAGAUACCACCCCAUCCUGUCCUGUCCCAUCCCAUCCUGCCCUGUCCUGUGCGGGGGACAUGGGUGGGCAGAGGAGACCUGGAGAGCAGAAUUGUUCCUGACCUGCCUGCCGUUCAGUGGCCAAGUAGAUCGUGGUGCUGGGGCUCUUCAUUUAUAACAGAAAAUAAUGCCUGGCCUGUUCACCUGAGAGCCGGGACGUUCCAGCCGGCACCGCGGGACAGCACGGAAGAUGUUCCUGACCGUGUACCUCAGCAAUAACGAGCAGCACUUCACGGAGGUGCCCGUCACCCCUGAGACCACGUGCCGAGACCUGGUGGAGCUGUGCAAGGAGCCCGGCGAGAGCGAGUGCCACCUGGCCGAAGUGUGGCGCGGCUCCGAACGUCCAGUUGCUGAAAAUGAGCGAAUGUUUGAAGUUCUCCAGCGAUUUGGAAGUCAGCGGAAUGAAGUUCGUUUCUUCCUCCGUCACGAGCGCCCUCCCAGCAGAGAUGUAGCGAGUGGCCCACGGCCUCAGGAGCCGAAUCUGAGAAGAAAUGGUGUGAAAGUGCCCGGAGAACACCGGAGAAAGGAGAAUGGAGUGAACAGUCCCCGCAUGGACCUGACGCUCGCUGAGCUCCAGGAGAUGGCGUCUCGCCAGCAGCAGCAGAUCGAGGCCCAGCAGCAAAUGCUGGCCACCAAGGAGCAACGUUUAAAGUUUUUGAAACAACAAGAUCAGCGUCAGCAGCACCAGGCCGCCGAGCAGGAGAAGCUGAAGAGGCUGAGAGAACUGGCCGAGAGCCAGGAAGCCAAGCUGAAAAAGGUGCGGGCGCUCAAGGGCCACGUGGAGCAGAAGCGGCUGAGCAACGGGAAGCUGGUGGAGGAAAUUGAACAGAUGAAUAGUUUGUUCCAGCAGAAGCAGAGGGAGCUGGUCCUGGCCGUGUCUAAAGUAGAGGAGCUCACGAGGCAGCUGGAAAUGCUGAGGAAUGGCAGGAUCGACGGCCACCAUGACAGCCAGUCUGCGGUGGCCGAGCUGGACCGGCUGUACAAGGAGCUGCAGCUGAGGAACAAGCUGAACCAGGAGCAGAACGCCAAGCUGCAGCAGCAGAGGGAAUGCCUGAACAAGCGCAACUCCGAAGUGGCCGUCAUGGAGCGGCGUGUCAGCGAGCUGCGCGACCGGCUGUGGAAGAAGAAGGCGGCCCUGCAGCAGAAGGAGAACCUGCCGCUUCUGCCUGAUGGGAAUCUCUCCCAGCCGCCGGUGUCCGCUCCGAGCCGCGUGGCUGCCGUAGGCCCAUACAUCCAGUCGUCCACCAUGCCGCGGAUGCCCCCGAGGCCGGAGCUGCUGGUGAAACCGGCGCUGCUCGAGAGUCCCCUGACCGUGCAGGCCUUGGAGGGGCCGGUGAAGAUGCAGACACUGCCCAACAUGAGGACUGCGGCCACACUGCCCAAAGGCCCGAAAGCCCCUCCUGCCGUCCCUGUCCCCGACUGGGCCCCUUCGAGUGCAGACCUGUCCAUGCCGCAGAGUGCGAGGCCUGCCGCGGACCAAGUUGACGAUGGGGAGGUUCCACUGAGGGACAAGGAGAAGAAAGUGCGGCCGUUCUCCAUGUUUGACACGGUGGACCAGGGCGCCGUCCCACCCGGCUUCGGCAUGCUGCGGAAAAACCAGAGCAGCGAGGACAUCCUGCGGGACGCCCAGGCUGCAAAUAAGAACAUGACUAAAGUGCCACCUCCAGUUCCUACAAAACCGAAGCAGAUUAACCUGCCUUAUUUUGGACAAGCCAGCCCAUCACCUUCUGACACCAAGCCGGAAGGAAACCUGCAGCCAUUGCCGUCCGCUGUGACAGCUGUGAGCCAUAAGCCCAAGCCAGCAGGGCCUCAGCCGAGGGUGGUGCUGUCCCCCAGCAUGCCUGCCGGCGGCCACGACCACGGCCUGUCCACGGGCCCUAAGCAGGAGAGCCCCCCUGCUGCCGCCGUGCGGCCCUUCACGCCCCAGCCUCCCAAAGACGCCUCCCUCCCAGCCCUCAGGAAGCCCCAGACCGUGGCAGCAAGCUCCAUCUACUCCAUGUACACGCAGCACCCGGCGCCGGGGAAGAACUUCCAGCAGGCUGUGCAGAGUGCGCUGACCAAGACACAGCCGCGAGGCCCGCACUUCGCCAGUGUGUACGGCAAGCCCGUGCUUGCCGCGGCCCAGAACCUACAGCAGCAGCAGCCCGAGAACGUGUACGGUGGCGGCGGCCAGGGCCCGCCGGGCAGCCCAGAGCCCGAGGUGGAGUCCGCGUCCUCGGCCCAGGAGAGCCACGAGCACGAGCGCAUUCCACGCCCACUCAGCCCCACCAAGCUGCUGCCCUUCCUGUCUCACCCCUACCGGAACCAGAGUGACGCCGACCUGGAGGCCCUGCGCAAGAAGCUCUCCAACGCGCCCAGGCCGCUGAAGAAGCGCAGCUCCAUCACGGAGCCCGAGGGGCCCAACGGGCCCAACAUCCAGAAGCUGCUGUACCAGAGGACCACGCUGGCCGCCAUGGAGACCAUCUCGGUGCCCACGCACCCCUGCAAGGCACCCGCCCCCGUGACUGAUGGUUCAGAAAGCCCGGGAGAAAUCCCCAACCCCUACUUACAUGUGGAGCCUGAGAAGGAGGCUGCCCCUGCCCCCGAGCCGCUGUCCCCAGAGGACGUGGGGCCCAGCAGGGCAGGGGACGGCGAAGGGCCUGCUCCUCCCUCGGGCCUCGACUGUGUGUCUGAAGGGGCUGCGGAUGGCGGCCCGGGUCCCCAGGGUGCUGCAGAGGAGCCACGUGCAGAGCCCCCCCACCUGCUGGAGGUGUACCUGGAGGAGUACCCUCCGUACCCGCCACCACCCUACCCGUCUGGGGAGCCUGAGGUGCCUGGAGAAGACCCUGCCAGCAUGCGCCCCCCAGAGGUCACCGGGCAGGGUGCUCUGCCUCCCGGCAAAAGGACAAACUUGCGUAAAACAGGCUCAGAGCGGAUUGCGCACGGAAUGAGGGUCAAAUUCAACCCUCUCGCCUUGCUCCUGGAUUCCUCUUUGGAGGGAGAAUUCGACCUUGUGCAGAGAAUCAUUUAUGAGGUGGAGGACCCCAGCCUGCCAAAUGAUGAGGGCAUCACCGCACUGCACAACGCUGUGUGUGCCGGCCACACGGAGAUCGUGAAGUUCCUGGUUCAGUUUGGGGUGAAUGUGAACGCUGCCGACAGCGACGGGUGGACCCCUCUGCACUGCGCGGCCUCAUGCAACAACGUGCAGGUGUGUAAGUUCCUGGUGGAGUCGGGCGCGGCCGUGUUCGCCAUGACCUACAGCGACAUGCAGACCGCGGCUGACAAGUGCGAGGAGAUGGAGGAGGGCUACACGCAGUGCUCGCAGUUCCUCUACGGGGUUCAGGAGAAGAUGGGCAUCAUGAACAAAGGCGUCAUCUACGCGCUGUGGGACUAUGAGCCUCAGAACGCAGACGAGCUGUCCAUGAAGGAAGGAGACUGCAUGACCAUCAUCCGCCGAGAGGAUGAGGACGAGAUCGAGUGGUGGUGGGCGCGGCUGAGCGACCAGGAGGGCUACGUCCCACGCAACCUGCUGGGCGUUCUUUGUGCACAGGGGUGUGUGGAGUGUGAGACAGAGAUGAGGAGGAUAGAGGAGAGAGGCCAUGUAGUCCGCAGGGAGAAGCCCCUGCACAGCCUGCUUCUGCUGUACCCAAGAAUCAAACCAAGACAAAGGAGCUUGGCCUGAAACUUCGCAGACUUUCACCUCACGAAGACUCACUCUGUGCUGUCACUAAGAAGAAGUAAUACACUUGUUCCAGGCAAAAGUCUAGCAAGACGUACUUGAAUGACAGCAUAGCUCGGAAGGAGUGAAGAGUCGGCUCUGGGAGAGAAUGAAGGACCGAGGAGGCCCCUGGGAGGUCGCACGCGCUGCUCCGGCUCGUGAUGACGCAGGCCGCACCUCGUGGACAAGGCCGACGCGUGGGGAAGCCCCGUUUCCUGCAAGACACUGGCCGGUGUGCGGCUCCCGGCCCCACGGCGGGCGUCCCCAGCACUGCCCUGUGCCUGUCUCUGGUCAGAAAGGACCAGUGUCCCUGGGGCGCCUCCCUGGGCCCCCCGCACAGCAGCUUGGGCUCCAAGGCCGCACACACGCAUGCGGGUUGGCGUCCGUGAGCAAUAACAUCGUAGGAGUUUCUUGUAGCAUCUUAAGAAUUAUGCGUACAUUUGAAAUACUGAAACUAAGGCACACUACCUAAGCUAAACUAGAUUUAGAAUCUUGUUUUUAGGCUGAAUUUGAAUCUAUAUUUAUUAUCUUUUGUAUCUUGGAAAUUAGAAACUUGUUUCAGAUUUACCUUUGAUACUUGUCAAGAUCAUAGCUGACUUUCGUUGUAAUAAAAUAAAGCUUUUUGAUUCUGA